CCCGCAACAAACUAACAGGUGUCCUCCUCCUCCUUCCUCCGCCUUCCUCCUCCUCCUCCUCCUGCUUCGGGUCCACAUCACCGGGGGGCUGUCUGUCCGCGCUGUAGACUCUCUCCCUCGACUCAUCUGACCGCGUUUCUCUGCUUCUGUGUUUAAAACUUCUUGGAAAUCACUUUUAUUACCUGCAAAUGAUGCACUCGGCGCAGAAAGACACCACGUUCACCAAGAUCUUUGUGGGAGGUCUUCCUUAUCACACAACCGACUCAAGUCUCAGGAAAUAUUUCGAGGUGUUCGGAGAAAUCGAGGAGGCUGUUGUCAUCACUGAUCGGCAAACGGGGAAAUCCAGAGGCUAUGGAUUUGUGACCAUGGCAGACCGGGCCUCUGCUGACCGAGCUUGCAAGGACCCCAACCCCAUAAUAGAUGGCCGGAAAGCCAAUGUGAACCUGGCCUACCUGGGGGCCAAGCCCAGGGUCAUACAGCCAGGCUUUGCAUUUGGUGUGCCUCAGAUCCAUCCAGCCUUCAUCCAAAGACCUUAUGGAGUCCCUGCCCACUAUGUCUAUCCUCAGGCCUUUGUCCAACCCAGCGUGGUGAUCCCUCAUGUACAACCUUCUGCUGCUACAGCAACAGCUGCUGCUGCCACUUCCCCCUACCUUGACUAUACAGGAGCAGCGUACGCCCAGUACUCUGCGGCUGCUGCCACCGCUGCUGCUGCUGCCGCUGCAUAUGAGCAGUACCCAUAUGCGGCCUCACCAGCACCAACAAGCUACAUGACUACAGCAGGGUACGGGUACACUGUUCAGCAGCCACUCGCAACUGCUGCCACCCCAGGAGCUGCCGCUGCCGCUGCCGCCUUCAGCCAAUAUCAACCUCAGCAGCUCCAGGCAGAUCGCAUGCAAUAAAACCAUGAAAACUGCCUUAAAGGAGGAAAGCAGGGAGGUCACUUCCUCCAUGAAAAGGAUGAAGUUAUGAGGUCAAAGACCACCGGUGCUGGAAGAUGGUUGUCAGGUUUUAAGUUAGCAGUUCUUCUACCAAAGAGCCUGAAGAAAAUCACCAAAAAUGUGGAGAUAAAUGAGGAAUUACUGUAUAUUUUAUUCAAGUGAGAUCAGUAUUUUGUCACUAUUGAAUAUAUAUGAAUAUUUAAUAUUUAUUCACCAGGAAAAUAUUUAAUGUUAAUUGAAGUAGACUAACUGGACCUCAUGGCAACUUUGUAUAUACAGUAUGCUGCUGUGGAAUUUGUAUAAAAUUCCCAAGUGCAUUCAUGUCUUAUGACCAGAUUUCUUCCCCACUUCUUUAAAAACAAACCAAAACAUUUGCAUACAUAUGAGAACAGUAUGUCAUGUGAUCAUGCGGUUUUCAGUAUUUCAUAGUUUUGGACCAGUAUUUUGUUUGGUAAAACUAUGCAGACAUUGACAGAGACAUCAGUGUUUUCUUAGGAUUAUUCUCUUAUUUUUUUAUAACUGCUUGGAGUGAGAUAGACUAGACAACCCUCAAAUAGUUCCCUUUGAAAUGUAUUUUCUUGAUGAUACAUAAGACAAAAUGCUGGGGUGACAGCUAACGGUGGUGAAAGCACUCACUUUUCUUCCCUUUUUAAAUCGCACCUCAAGUAAGUUCAGCGAAAGGGAAGAAACGUUGUUGAAUGUGAAUCUUUCAUUUUGACGAAAUGUUUCAUAAUGUGCCUUUUAAAUUAUGUUAUUUAUGUAUUUAUUAUGAAGCCUUACAGUAAUAAACCCUUUACUUUUUUGUGUUCAUGUGUUAGUAUGAAGCAUGUCCGCAUGGGCUGCUGCAUAAUGAUCAAGGGCAUGUGAGGGAUGAACAAACUUGGCUUGACGAGGUGAUACACUGUGUAUGAAGAACAAAAUGAAAAGGUAGCAAUAAGUCAAUGCAUUUUCUGUUGUCUGUAGACCUAAUGUUGUUGUCUCAAAUAGAUUCUUAAUUCUUUGUUGUCGCUUUUUAUACUUGACCAGUUUGAUAAAGGACAGUGUGAGAACUAUUUUUUUUUUUUUUACAUUUGAUGUCAUUUGACAUUAAAUGUUUUCUAAUGCAAGGCCUACACCUGUUUCACCUUGCAUUUUGUAAUGCAUGAUUCAAAGUAAUGCAAAUGUUUAAUAAGUGAAAUAAAAAGAAAUUGACCUUUA